CAGCCUCGAUUCGGCCGAGACGAGAGUCUGCGACUACAGGCUGCAGACGGUAGAGCGCGGUGCCGUCGGUUCCUUCAAAGAUGUCAUUCUCUUCCUGACUCGACGGUCGGUCGUCGUCGCCGAAGGAUGGUGCUCUCAGCGCGGAGCGGGGGGGUUUCGCCGUGCCGCUGCCACACAGCCUGCGAGGGAGCAACGCGGCGGCCGCCUGCCGGAAGACCACUACGGAGCGGGGACCCGCAGCCUACACACGGCACCGUCCGAGCCGCGCUCACAGCCAUCGCCGCCGGCGAGGGGGAGAUCGUUCCCGUCACCGCUGCGAGGGCAGGGGAGUCACGACCGCCAUGUAGAGCCCAGCCAGCCGACGGAAAAGGUAUGGUAGGAACAAAGUCUCUCCUGUGGUGAAAUCAAUUACCUGGGGUCAUUUCGUGCAAACGUCUCUUCAAAGCCUAAAGACAGAAGCAUGAGCAAUCCCCAAGCCCCUCCCCAGGCCGGGGCCUCGGAGCUGGAGGUGAUCUCCCAGCAGGUGGAGGAGGACAACCAGUGUGUGGCCCCCGUCCAGCUGGUCAGCUUUGCCUACAGAGACCUGCCCCUAGCCGCUCUGGACAUCUCCCUGGCCGGGUCCCAGCUCAUUUCCAACCUGGACGAAGAGGACAACAGAGAGGGGUCCAACUGGCUGAAGCCAUGCUGCGGGCGGAGGGCAGCACUGUGGCAGGUGUGUCUGCUGUCUGCGGGCUUCAACUGUUUCCUGGUGGCCUGUGUCAUUCUGGUGGCGGUGCUGCUGACCCUGGAGCUGCUGAUCGACACCAAGCUGCUGCAGUUUAGCAAUGCAUUCCAGUUUGCCGGCAUCAUUCACUGGAUCAGCCUGGCCAUUCUGUCGGUGUUCUUCACUGAGACGGUGUUCAGGAUCGUCGUGCUGGGCAUAUGGGAUUACAUAGAGAACAAAGUAGAGGUGUUCGAUGGAGCCGUCAUCGUCCUCUCUCUGGCCCCCAUGGUGGCCUCCACAGUGGCCAACGGUCCCAGCAGCCCCUGGGACGCCAUCGGCCUCAUCAUCACACUGCGCAUCUGGAGGGUCAAGAGGAUCAUCGAUGCUUAUGUGCUGCAGGUGAAGGUGGAGAUGGACCUGGAGAUCCAGCAGUAUGAGAAGGCCAAGGCGGUGAGAGAGGAGCAGCUGGACCGUCUCACCCAGAUCUGCCAGGAACAGGCGUUUGAAAUCAGGCAGCUGAGGGCCCACCUGGCCCAGCAGGACCUGGACCUGGUAGCAGAACGCGAGGCGGCCAUGCAGAUCCACCACGUGUGGGGGAAGCAGAACAGCGGCUUCCAAGAGGUUGACGGCCUGGCGGCAGGGGCCUCCGAGCACAACGGCCCCGCCAAAGCUCGAGAGCCCGGGGGGCCGGCAGAUCAUCUUGUUCAGGAUGACAUGAACAACUACAUCAGCCAGUAUUACAGCGAGCCCAGCAGUGAUAUAGGGAUCCCAGACCCUGCAGCACGCGUCAUUACCACGGCAGCCAUAGACGUCCACCUGCCCAACAACCCCAGCCAGCUUCCCUCGUCUCUGGUGAGCGCCGACGUCGUGCCGUCCAGCUGCCUACAGCGGACCGGCAGCUCGGUGAGUGAGGCUUCCACCACCACGGCGUCCCGCUCCAGCUUCAGCGCCCGUCAGCAUAGUGUCAGCAGCCACACGCUGGGCUCCACCACAGACUGCAGCUCCACGGUGCGGGAGGCCUCCACCUCCACGGACUACAGCGGGCAGCGCUGCUACCCGCCGCCCUACAGCAGCCCCCUGGCCCUGGGCACACAGCCCAGGCGACAUCCCAGUGCCGUGGUGCAGGAGCUCCUCUCCACUUUGUCUGAGGAUUCAUGUCUUACCCAGAAGGGUCUGGACCCUGUCAACCUCAAGCUGCCCAGCCCCACGGGAUCCAGCAAGAAUAGCCCCGAGCUGGAGCGCAGGGUCAACAUUUACAACAAGAGGAACCAGGAGAGCCGGCCCGGGCUCCACACCAAGCCCAUUAUCCACCUGCAGGGCAAUGAGCCUCUUCUGGAGGAGAAGUAUAGGAUGAUGGAGCCAGCAGACACCCCGAUCAGCCGCCUGUCAGAGACAUAAGACAGGGCCUGAGGUAGCGCCCCUUUGGUACUUGGGAUCAUCAGCACACACAUACUGUGUGUCUUGUUCUGCUGCUCACAGGGUUUGCCUGAAGUCGGCUGGAACAGACUGGUGUCCUUGUCAAAAAUACAAGGGGAGGACAGAGGAAAGCACUAGGGCUGACAUCAUAGAGCACCAAGUUUCUGUCAGGAAUUUUUACAUUUUAAAAAAGAGGGGGGAAAAAAAUGUUAUCAAAAGAAACCAGCAAUGGGGCUCUAGCCUUCAACUGUCAGACAGGUCCGCGCCGAAGCUCUGGCCGUGACACGCCGUGACCGCUGAGAAAAGAAAGAGAGCAGGGGAUGGCGCCGAGAGCCUUGCUCUUCUGGUUAACUUUGUACAAAUUGGAGGCUCGAGACUAACAAGCUUAUUUACCGAAAACCUACUAAUUGUGCGUUAGCAGCCCAACCUUCCGGUCAUCGAUUAGUCACUAGUCACGUUUGGUAGUUCAAGCCUAGAGUCUCCAAACCUAUGAAAACUGGUCCUUUUUGAUGAAACAGCUGAAGGGUACGGUACAUUUGAUCUGUGUCCAGCUGUCGAGCACAGAUCUUGACUUCUUUCUUAUCUUUGUCUUUCUAUAUUACUGAUGCGAACAUUUGUAUUUAAAUUGUGCGAGUGAAGAACGGCAAAUGGAUUCGACAAGAUUCAAAGCGAUUGACAGGUCUUAAUCCAGGUGCCAUGACCUGACCAAAAUCCAUCUCAGCCAGCGUUUACGCAGUCUUUAUUUAUGUCCUGUUCUCACAUCCUGACUGGCAUCUACCUGCACUUUGUAGGAUGUCAUUUCAUUCAGGUCACUUGAUUUGUAAUUGUCAUCAGUUUCAUUUUGCUCAAAAGCAUGUGUAUAUACAUUUUCAGAUCGAUUCGGUCAUUGCAACACACCAAAAUGUACAAGGGCCUUCUAGCAGAGCUGUUGUAGAAUGUCA